AGAAGGUUUGUGUGGAAUUUCAUAGUUCAAUGCACUGGUGGUAAAUGGUUAUUGCGUCAAGGUCGCUGGUAUAAGAGCCAUAGAAGAUUGUUUUAUACAAAAUGAACAACUCGCUUGUUGCAGCAAUCGAUCAAGGAACAUCAAGCACAAGAAUACUGAUAUUUUCAGUCGCCACUAAAGAGGUUAUUGCAUUUCAUCAAAUUGAAUUUGAAAGUUGUUAUCCACAUGAAGGAUGGGUGGAACAAAAUCCUCUUGAAAUACUAUCAACUGUCAAUCAAUGUAUAGAAAAUAUCGUUCAAAAGCUGAAAAGUUUGAAUAUUGAUCCAGAUAACAUCAAAGCAAUUGGGAUAACAAAUCAACGUGAAACAACUGUUGCUUGGGAUAAACAGACAGGAGCACCUUUGCAUAAUGCCAUAGUGUGGCUGGAUACAAGAACAAAAUCUACAGUUGAUCAAUUCAAAGCAAAAGUAUCAGAAAAUGAUCUAGAGAAAAUAAAGAAAUUAUGUGGGCUUCCAUUGAGCACCUAUUUCAGUGCAGUUAAGAUGCGAUGGCUACUUGAUAAUGUUGAUGAUGUCAAAAAUGCAUUAGAUGAAGGUCGACUCAUGGUUGGUACUAUUGACACAUGGCUCAUCUAUAAUUUAACUGGUGGAACAAAAGGUGGAAUUUAUAUCACUGAUGUAACCAAUGCCAGCAGAACAAUGUUGAUGAAUAUCCGAACAGCUUGUUGGGAUGAAAAACUUUGCAACUACUUUGACAUUCCUCUUGAAAUACUUCCAUCCAUAAGAAGUUCUUCUGAAAUUUAUUCACAUAUUAGUGAUGGUGCUUUCAAAGGAAUUCCACUAUCAGGGUGUCUUGGUGACCAACAAGCUGCCCUCGCUGGACAGUUGUGUUUCCAAAAAGGAGAAGCAAAAAAUACCUACGGUACUGGCUGUUUUCUUCUCUAUAAUACAGGAUUAGAACCUAUCACAUCUGAUCAUGGCUUGCUUACGACAGUUGCCUACAAGUUUGGUCCGCAAAACCCAACUGUUUAUGCGUUGGAGGGAUCUGUUGCUGUUGCUGGCGAUGCGGUUAAAUGGUUAAGAGAUGGUUUGGGAUUCAUUAAGAAGUCUUCAGAUAUAGAGGAGCUCGCGUCCUCUGUAUCCAACAGUGGUGGAGUGUAUUUUGUUCCAGCUUUUUCAGGACUUUAUGCUCCAUAUUGGCAAACAGAUGCAAGAGGAAUCAUCAUUGGUUUAACUCAAUUUACAAGUAAAGCUCACAUUGCUAGAGCCACGUUAGAAGCAGUUUCAUUUCAAACAAGAGAAUUACUGGAUGCGAUGAAUAAAGAUUCUGGUAUACCUUUGAUGUCUCUUAAAGUUGAUGGUGGGAUGACCGCAAACUCCUUACUCAUGCAGAUUCAAUCUGAUAUACUUGGGAUUCCUGUGGUUCGUCCUUCGAUGGCGGAGACAACGGCUUUAGGUGCAGCGGUUGCUGCUGCUGUAGCUGAAGGUAUUGCAUUGUGGGAUAUUUCGUCUUUAACAGAACAAACGGAAGUCUCCGUUUUUCAACCAAAACUUGAAGCCAAAGAACGAAAGUCCCGGUAUUCUAAGUGGAAAAUUGCAAUACAAAGAUGCAUGAGAUGGGAGACAGAUAAUUGAAAUUAACAAGUCAAUCAUAAUUGUUCAUUUGGGGAUUUUGAAUACAUCUAUCCCAAACGGUUGCAUCAUUUGAAAGCACAACUUGGGAAACUGCGAUGAAUUUUUCACACAAUUCUUCUGUGUUGUCGAGUGACUGGAUGAGCUGGAAACUAAUGAUAGCAAACGUUGUACUGGAAAUAACUAUAUUUUUUAUCGCGGUACUUGGAAAUUUAUUAGUUAUAUAUACUAUAAAAUACGAAAAAAAACUUCAUACUACUUGUAAUUUUUUGCUCCUACAUCUGGCAAUAUCUGAUAUCAAUUUGGUUGUAUUUAACAUUCCAUUUGAUAUCGUCUUUCUUCUGAACAAAGAUACUUGGAUAUUAGGUGAA